GCUUUGCCCUCCAGGGUCCUCUCCCUUCACUCCACCGCGCUCUAAGGACCCCGGCCUCGACCCAGAGUGACUUGCUUCCCGUGAGCCUCUGCUCCCGCGCGCCGGCGCUCCUGCUCCCUACCCAGCAGCCCCCGCGCGGCCCCGCACAGCGGACACCCAGGACUCCAAGAUGGCGUCCGUCGUACCACUGAAGGAGAAGAGACUUAUGGAUGUCAAAAUAGCGGAGCUGCCCAGCUGGAUACUGAUGCGGGACUUCACCCCACGUGGCAUUUUUUGGGGAGUUCGGAGAGGUUAUGACCGGUAUUACAACAAGUAUGUCAACGUGAAGAAGGGAAGCGUCGCUGGGAUUUCCAUGGUGCUGGGAGCUUACGUGGUUUUCAACUACUGCCGUUGUUACAAGAAACUCAAACAUCAGCGGUCACGUAAGUACCACUGAGGAAGCCAGUGGAGAGGACGCCGUCUGCAUUCCUGGCUGUGGUUGCUUUGGCCCUGGCACCCUUUCCCCCUCGAGGAACAGUCCUUUCACACCCCGAUUGACAACUAGUGUCCAAUAAAAGACAGGUAUACGUGG